AUGGACAUCGUGCACAUGGUGAAUUGCCAGUGCUGCAUUUCUGGUCCUAAUAACACAAGUCACAAGCCUCACAGUCUGCUGGUGAAUACCAACUACAACUGGUUGCUCUUCAAAUGGUUUUAUGAGGACUCGGUUCUCUCAGAGCUUCCCAGAGUUAAAAAGACAAACAACUCGUUUUACAGCAGCAGCCUGAAGCUCAAGUGCUCCAGUGACAAGAGCUGUAACAAGAGUGACAUGAUUUACUUCACAGUGGAAGAGCGUCUAUCGCCUCAGGAGCUGUCAGGUACGGCAACGACAACAAAACAGAGCUUUACCGGUUCAGCUGAAUUCAACAUCACGUCGUGCCCCAUCACCUACUACGGACAGAAAUAUGACAAAAUACAUGUGGGCUUCAAUGCCAGCAGAUUUACUGUUUGCUUCAAUGGCGCGUACAAAUCUGGAAUCAAGAAGGACUGCAUUCUGAUAUCUGCAGGAGAGGCUGACAGAGGCACCCUGGACAUAAUCCAGAUGAGUCUCCAACCUGGAUCUUGGAUCCAUAACGAUCUACCGAACGUGAAACACGCUUUGAAAUGUAUCAUCAAGAUGACAUUAAGUGACAGUCAACAAACGGAGAUUAACAUAAUUGAACUUGGCAAUUUUGAGCCAGAAGCGUCUCUGGCAAUCACAACGUUUUCUGGUUACACUGCUUCUCAUGUCGUGAGCGUUGUUUAUAAGAAGAACAUGAUAGUUCCAGACCCAAGCAUCUGCUCCACUGUUUCCUGUGAUGCGAGUGCAGUUGCUGCUGUCAGUGUCUGUGGUCCCAAGGAGCCCUGCAAUGGAAAUGGCAGCUGCAUCCCAAACAACGUGUGCACCGUGGUCGGCUCCACGGUCAUCGGUUUCGCUGGGCAAGUCCAAGCCGUCCCGGACCGCUGUGGCUACACUCUGUUCAAGUCCACACCCAUCCCCGGCUUCCAGGUGGUGGGCGUCUUCCAGGAGAGACGGCGUAAAGACGUCAGCUUUUUGAAACGUGUGAUCCUGCAGCUGGCGGGAGCUCAAAUCUCUCUGGAACAAGGGAGUCGAGCUCUGCUUGACACCAGAGAGCUCAGACUCAACACCACAGCGACGGUGGUCCAUGGGUGGGAGCUCACCAGGGACCAAACUGGAGUGACAGCUAAGAUGUCAGCCUCGAACUUUACAGUUUCUGUCCACUUCGAUGGCUCCAUCACUCACAUCCACUUGACAGGGCCAAAUGGACGAGACGCACACGGGUUGUGUGGCAACUCCAGUCGGACUUUGAGUGAAGAGAAAGACUCCACACACAGUGUCAGCGGCUGUGACACGCAGUAUAAUGAGGCUGCGGACCCGACUAUCAACUGCAACACCUCAACUGACUGGUGUAACCUGCUGAAGCAGGCUCCCUUUACUUCUUGCAACAUGCAACAUGACCCAGAACCCUUCAUUACUGCCUGCACACAAACGCUGUGUAAAUACCCUGAAGGGGAUGGUUUCAAAUGCCAGUUCCUGGAGGCGUACGCCAGAGCCUGCAGCCUCUCCAACGUCACAGUGGAGGAAUGGAAGUCAAAGACCCAAUGUUCUUCUUUCUAUCAGGGCUUCUGUCAGGACACGUACUGCAGUGAGCACGAGUUCUGUGGGCAGAAGCACAAUGGGGCAACCGGCUGCGUCUGCCGGGCCAUGUUCGCCUCCAAGUACAAACCAACCGGCGCCUUUGGAGAGCCAUCGGUCUGCGAGCUGAACGCUGGUAAGGUGACUAUGGCUAAAUGUCUCAUGGAGGACAAAGGCAUCGACUUCUCUGUCUUACAUCUCAAUGACGAGGCCUGCAAAGGUGAACUGGACAAUCAGACCCACAUGGUGAGGUUCAGCUUUGACAAGAACAAAACCUGUGGAACAGUGAUCGAAGCAACCAACAGCCAAAUCCUCUACAAGAACAACAUUGUGAACCGGAACAGCACCUUGCACGGCAUUAUCGACCGACAGAAGUCCAUCUCCCAGCCGAUUAGUAUUUCUGGACGAUGGAUUUGCAAUCUCACCAUGACAGCCUACAGCAACCCCAACACCAAGGAAGCCUUACAACCACGUAAUGAAAUGCGACUGGGCCAGAAGCUUUGGGUGGAGCUGAACGCGGACGAGCUGGAUGACAAAAUCGUUGCUUUGGUGACGGAGGCCUGCUGGGCGACCGACCAGCCCAGCCCGAACGGAAGCCUGAGAUAUGACCUCAUCAUCAAAGGCUGCCCUAACCCCGCUGACUCCACGGUGAAUGUGAAGAACAACGGACAGGGAACAUCCAACCGUUUCUCCUUCAACACAUUCCAGUUCUCUGGCAAGGGUGGUGAGGUCUACUUGCACUGCAAAGUGACGCUGUGUGCCAAGAAGGGUAACAACUGCAUCCAGAGUUGUGGCCCGGGUGCGAGAAGACGCAGGUCCAUCAUGUCAAAGUAUGGGGAUGAAAACCCUGCCUUGAUCAAACUGGCCUGGACUUUUUGAGUUUCAGUGGAGACUCGGAAGGACCGAAGCUCAGGAAGAG